AUGCAAUCAGGUGGAAAACAGCGAAGAGCGGAAUCCCAAAUCCCGGGUAUGAGGUUGGAAGUAGGUUGAUAGUUGGGUUGACAGCAGAGAAAUAGAUUAGUCUUCCACGAAUUUCGUAAUUUGGAGGAGAUGGGAUUGGACUACGGGUCACGACCGUCCAAUUUCUGUUUGUAUGGCCAACUUCAGAGUUAACAAGUACGUUCUUAGGUGAAACGCUUAUAUGAAAUACCUCGAAUUCUUUAUUGUUUACAAAUGCUUUCGCACAAUAACAAAUGUGUCAUUGCUAGGUUGGGUCGCCUAUAUAGUUUAUUUAUUGGUAGCUAAGUUUGGGUAACAUGUAACAAAUUGUCACCCGAGAAGCAGCGUGUUUUUUAGUUUUGUACUUUUAGUAACUGAUGUAAUAUCAAAAGUACUAAUGCGAAAGUUUAUUGGAAUAAUGGACAUAGCCCAUUGGACAAAUUGAUUAAAUUUUGGUUAAGUUUGGAUGAACAUUGUGUUAGAAAUUAGCAAAAGCUAAGUUUGUCUUGUUUUGCUUGCUGGAGUGAGCAGUUUCCCUAUAAUUGGUGUAUCAUAUUAUUGAUGUGUGAUAUAUAACCCAAAUUGCUGAGGCUAUGAAUCGAAAUCUCUGAGACCCUCUUGUUCACAUGAAUUUUAACAUUUUUAAUUUUAAUGUAAUUUAGGUUGUCCCAGUGCUCCGUGCUUGAAUGGUGGGACUUGUUCAAAUGAUGGAACAUCAUUCUCUUGCUCAUGCCCGGUUGGAUAUAGCGGUGACCUCUGCGAAAUAGAAGGUAAAUAUUAUUUUCAAAAACGUACUACAUGUAUUUUUUUUCUCUUUUUCCAUGUUAUUCCAAGAAGAAUUUUGUGGAAUUAAGUAUUAUUCCAUUACUAACUGCAGUGGAAACUCGUGUUAAAUUAUAUGCUCACGAAUUCGGUGGUAAUAGUUGAUAAAUUGUCGAUGAUGGAGGAACGCUGGAAAAAAUAUACUUGCGCUUGAGUUCCCUGAAUAACCUGUUACCCAGCACUUUUGCUUGCGUAUUUAGAUUGUCAGCAAAAAUGCCCUAGUUUCGAAUACUCAUGUGACACCCUGAAAUUUAGGAUGUGUUUUGUAUGAUAAUUUAUACGAAAAUUAGCAUUUAUCUUUACCGAGAGAAGUGAACACAUUUAGUGUUGGCUAUAUACCAAACAUACUCUCCAAAGAUAUCAACAUUGAUGACCUUCAAACACAGUCAAACCCUAGUUAGGCUGUUAUUCAAUUUUUGAUGCACAACAAAAUCGGUUUGCAUAUAUCUUUUAAAAACAUCAUGUUAUGAAUAAAUAUAUUCGUAUUGGAAUCUUUGUUUGACUAUUGAACUAGACAUUGAAAUAAACAAUGUACGAAUGAUGCAUGUUAGUGCAUAUGCAACUAACCAAGUAAUCAUCUAUUUGAAAUGUACAAAGCCUUAAUUUUCACCAAAAAGUUAUGUCAAAUUGUCAAUGAACUAUUGUCUAUUCGUGACUUUUGUAAUCACAAUCCCUUAAUAAAUUAAAAAAAACACUCGAAAGUUUUGAAUAAAGAAAAUUCCGAAAAAAUACUGAAUACUUUAGUCCUUUUGGUUAAUUCGCUGGCAGCUUAUGGGUACAAGUCUCCUACAUCCCUCUGAAAUUUUAAGCUUUUGAAUUUUAAUCAAAUUUAGAAACUCCAUGUGCCAGCGCGCCGUGCUAUAAUGGUGGGAAUUGUUUAAAUAAUGGAACAUCAUUCUCUUGCUCAUGCCCUAUUAGAUAUAGUGGUGACCUCUGCGAAAUCGAAUGUAUAUAUUAUUUUUAAAAACGUCCUUGAUGUAUUAUUUAAAAAACGAGCAGGAAUGUUUUAUUAGGUUUAAAGUCACGAGCGCGCAGCGCGAGUGGCUUUAGACCUAAUAAAACACGACCUGCGAGUUUUUUAAAUGGCUUCAAAAACGUAUGCAUAAUAAGUCAAAUCUUUAUAUAAAAUCUUUAUAUAAAAAUCUUUAUAUAAAAAUCUUUAUAUAAAAAUCUUUAUAUAGUUUGCAUAACAAUGGUCUUUUGUUAAAGGUGAUCUACAGUCCGUAUGUAAACAAAGCCUUUGUUUACAUUUUUGUGUCCAAAAUAUUGAGCUUUAUUCGACAACUAUUUAUAUUUUCAAGCUUCUAGAGUAUAAUAAAUGAUCAAGAAACAACAAUUAGGCUUUUCAAGAACACAAAACAUAGUUGAACUGUUUGUAUCAUAAAAAGUGGGCUCAUUUGUGCACAUGCGCAGAUCGGACUGUAGAUCACCUUUAAAGUGUUCUUUAGCUGGUAUAAAGACGUAUGCACGUGACUAAUUUCUUACUCAAGGUUGGAUAAUUGCUUCAUGAAUUAUUAAUGAGUUUUUGAUGUAUAUUCUCUCUUUUUGCAUUUUUACUCCAGAACAAGUUUUGUUCAAUUGAGUUUUACUUCAAUACUAACAGUGGAAGUUCUUGUCAAAUUUAAAAUAUGCUCAAUAAUUCGGUGAUAAUCGGUGAGAAAUUGUCAAUGAUAGGGCAGUUCAGGAGUGUUAUGUAACACACCUUAGAGCGUGCUAUAAACAUGACAGACUUCAAUGGUGUGUUAUAAAGCAUCCGUUUAGAUGUGUUAAGGUGUGUUGAAAUUUGGCCGAAAACAUAUUUUGGUGUGUUUUAAAAUACAACUACAGGUGUUUUUUACACACUAAUGGGUGUGUAAACACCAUUACAGACCUCUAAGAUGUGCUACACUGACCUGUCGGUGUGUUUCAAAAGACACCAAAAGGUGUUACAUUUUGGACAAAAAGGUGUGUAAAUUUAACACACCUUUUUUGGAUUGUAUAUAAUUAUCAAAACGUUGCUUUGUAAUUUUUCUUGAUAUAGUAACUUUCAAAAAACUUUCCCGCCAGGUUGUUUUCCAAAAGUAAACAAAAAAUGCCGCAGGUGAAACAUUCGAACAUUGAAAAAAUCAUAUGAACAGGCCUCAUAGUCUAUGAAGGAUAUUCAACUCAGACUAUACGCCUGUGUUGAUUCUUUCCUCGUAUACAACUCGUCUUUGUUGUCUAAUUGUUAAAAUAUGCACACUAGCUUUAAAUGUUAAACUUUAGAGGUUAAAUUAUUGAUUAUUUCAUUACUUUUUUUUACAAAAUCAAACAGUCAAAGCGACAUGCCAAGCAAGAGGUGAUCCACACUACUCGACAUUUGAUGGAACACUUUAUGACUUUAUGGGAAGAUGCGAAUAUAUUCUGGCUGAGGACAGUGUAAAUAACACAUUUGAAAUAAGACAAGUGAAUGAACCUUGUGGAAAUGGAAACUUUUCCUGCACAAAAUCACUAACAGUGAUCUUCCCAAAUGUAACUAUCCAACUAUUGCGGGGAAGUGUGGUGGUAAAUGACUCAGAAGUUGAUUUGCCUGUAUCUUAUGAAGGUAAAUUCUUUUAAAUUUCAUCACAGAUAUAUGCUUUAAGAUUCGACAUUCCAGUUAUAAAUUUGACGUUUAGUAUAUCUAGCCAAUUCAACGGCACAUCCUUUCUAUUAGCUUUUAGUUCAACAAGGAAUUUAAUGAUAAUGUGUGUUUGGAAUGGUCCUACUAGCUAGCUAGAGGUGUGCAUCGGAUCGAAUUGGACGUUUAUAAUCCGACAAUUGGCUGUUUAAAAUCCAAUCCGAUCCGAAAUUAUCUAAUCCGAGUUUUGAUAAAGAAUUCCGAUCCGAUCCGAAGAUUCCUUUAAUAAAAUAAAUUUCUCAUUCAAGUGGAAAUAUUUAACCAAAUAAAUAUAAAAGCAAGAAAUACAUGUCAAGAAGCUGACAAAGUGACGUCCAAAGUGUCAAACGAAUAAUGCAGCAACAACCGCGUUGUCGUGGACAAUUAAUGCAUUUUAUUUCGCAUAUAGAAGUCCGAUCCGACUACGAAACAACUUUAUCAAUCCGAUCCAAUCCGAAAUGAAUAUUUUUGUUCCGAAAUCCGAUCGGAUCGGAUUUGCACACCCUAGGUCCUACCUUAUUUGCAACAGGAUAGUAUCUUAUGAAAAUUGUUUCCUUUAUUCCUGCUAAUCCUGAUGAUUGCGAUAAAGUUUUGCUUGAAAAGUUAAAUAUUUUGACAUAAACAUUGAAAUAAAACAAUGGCCAAUGCUACAUGUUUUGAUUGAAAUCCUUAUCCAGUUUUGGUCACCUUGUUUUAGCAGUUUGUCAGCCAUGGUUGGACUAAAGCACAGAAUAGACAUGAGACUAAAGUAACAAAAGCAACUGAUCUCAAAUGUACUUGGCAAUACCGGAAUUAUAUUGGAAUUUCAUUAUAACCAUGAACCGUCAAACAAAAAAUAUAAACACGUUACUGCGGAUUCAGGUUGAGUGUUUAAUGAUGUCACGAUCAUGUGAACGUUGCAAGAGAAAAAUGCUGGUGUUGUCAAGUGGCAAAUUACUUCUUGCUAUGAGAGAAUGUCGGUGAACAAACGGUUUUUAAAAUGUUGCGCGCAAACGAAUAUGGUCGAUUAUUUAUGCCCGGAAAACCUUUAUCCAAAGACUAAGGUUGUUAACAAUAGGAAAUAUUAUUAGCAAUGGAUGUGAUCCCGAAACAGGAGUUUUUCCUGGAAAAUCCGUAGAAGUAGACGUCCCCUUGGGAUAUCGUCAGCCAUUGUAUCGAAAAUUUGGAACCGUUACUGCCAAGAUAAAAUCGUUUCUCCCAAGCCAAACGCGCAUAACAAUGGUCUUCCUGCCUGUUUUUACUAAUCUCAUUAUUUGAGAUUUAAAAUACUUCGAUGAUAAGUCAAUUUCAGGCCGAUCUGGUUCUACGACAGUCAAACGCAUCAACUCUUCGCUUGUUGCAAUUCUUCUACAUGCGAGAAAAAAUAAUCAUACGUUAAAGAUAGCAAGCCUUCGUUCCCUAUAAGUAUAGGGGUUAUUCGAUUGUUACAAUAAUAAUUGUAUACAACCUGAAUUUCGAUCAGGAAGAUUAUCCAUAUUUUUGCAUUACAGUGUAAAUUCUAAACAUAUAUGUAUUCAAUUCAAAAUCUCACCGCUCCCUCAUAGCAACAAGUAAUUUACCACUUGACAACACCCGCAACGCUCACAUGAUCGCCACGUCAUUAAACCCUCAAUCUGAAUCCGUAGUAUUUAUCAUUUAGAGUAAUAAAAAAUAUUAUCGCUUAGACUGAGAAGCGUUCCUCGGCCUUUAGCCUUGAUCCGCUUCUGAAACCUCAGGAAUUUCUUUUUUCAGACAGACCUCCCCCAGAUGUAUAUUUUGCCGUUAAAUGGUAAUUUGACAUACACUUGCAUUAAGCACAGGGAGCCCAAGCGUUGAUCUGUGUUAGUGUUCUAUGUUUUUCAGUUUAUUUAUUUUAGUGUCUUUAUAUUGCCUUUUAAUUGAAUUAUAACACUUAAUUACACUAAUAUGUCAUAUAAUAAUAUUCCUAUAGUCAAACAUAUAAUAACAACAUAUAAGUUGAUUUGUAUUUGUAUGUUUUUCAGUUUAUUUAUUUAAGAUCUAUUAUUAGCUUAUAUAAAAACACCGCCUUUCGAACCUGACAGCCCGUUCGCAGGCUACACGCGUUAUUUCGCACUGAUAUCAAACUCGUUCCCAGAGUAUGCCUGUUCGCGGGUUAGGUAGUGGCAUGACACUACCUAACCCGCGAACAGGCAUACUCUGGGAACGAGAUUGCACUGAAAUAAGAAAUGUGACAAGGGAUGAAAUUACAAUACGGCGAUGUUUUAUUUUGAAGCCGUAGGUGCUUGUUAAAACGAAUUUUAGCUUGAAAUUCGGCCACAUGAUAUGUCUAAGGCUAAAGUACAUAGCCAUUGAAAAAAUUUGUGAAAUAAAAGCCCUAAAGUCUUAUAAAUUGCUAUAGUUUUUAAUAGCGACGUAAUAACGCCCCGACUUGACUGGACCUAAAUUAUUUAAUUUUAAAUUUUAAACAUUGAAAUCGUUACGAUCGACACAAAUUGGCUUCUCACCUCGAGUUGUAUUCGAGUUUGUUUCCUUGUUUAUAUCAUUGAUUCCCAAAGGUUGACGGCGUUAUUCGACACGACACUCAUUGCAUAAUUAUUGGUCCACUCAAGUCGGGGCGUUCAUAAUACGACAAACUUUAAGAGUUUCAUCCCUUGUCACGUAUUUAUAUUGUUGCCGCCCCCUAUUUCAAAUCCCGCGUGUAGCCUGCGAACGGGCUGUCAGGUUCGAAAGGCGGUGCUUUUAUAUAAAUUGUCUAUGAUAUAAGCUAAUAAUAGAUCUUAAAUAAAUAAACUGAAAAACAUACAAAUACAAAUCAACUUAUAUGUUGUUAUUAUAUGUUCGACUAUAGAAAUAUUAUUAUUAUAUGACAUAUUAGUGUAAUUUAGUGUUAUAAUUCAAUUAAAAGGCAAUAUGAAGACACUAAAAUAAAUAAACUGAAAAACAUAGAACACUAACACAGAUCAACGCUUGGGAUCCCUGUGCAUUAAGGCAAUACCAACACCGCCUUUUUCAUACUGUCAUACAUACUUUAGGGAAGAAAGCUAAAGCAAAAAAAACCGAAGAAAGCUAAAGCAAAAAUGAUGUGCAAAGUAUUAAAUAAAAUGGGUCCCCCAAAUCACUCACAAUUCUAUUUUCUUAUAAAUGUGAGAAAACAAAUCACCUUCGGGACAUUUCAACUGGUCUUUGUUUACCAAAACAUCUUUCUAAUAACAUGAAAAAUAGUUUCAUUUACGACGGAGCUAAACUUUGGAAUUCUAUUCCAAAAGAAAUUAGAGAAAGCAAAUCACUUUCUUCCUUUCGAAAUAAAAUCGCUGCUCACAUUUAUGAAUAAUAGGUAUUGUAAAUAAUGUGCCUGUAAAUAGUCUGCCAACUUUCCCAUUAGACAUCAAUAUGUUACUAUUUUAAUACUCAUUAAUAUGUUACUAUUUUAAUACUCUAUAUCUCUUAAAACUUUUGUAAAUAGCUCUAAUUAUCACUUUCCUGUACGUGUAAAAAUCUUAUUUGUGAUUUCCUCGUGGAAAUCAGCUUCGGUUGACGGCAUUAGCGUGUAUAAAUAAGAAUUUAUCUAUCUAUCUAUCUAUCUAACUGCCAUAAAAUGAUUAAAUUUGUUCAGUUUCCUCCUGAAAGUUAAUAUUACUUCCCUUCUGUCUUUCAAGGUGUCAAUAUUGAGAAUAUUACGCGCUCCGGUGUUGGACUAACAUUGGUUGAAAGUGCUUAUGGUGUAAAAGUUGAAUGGAAUAAUGUACACAAUGUGAGAGUGACAGUGUAUGGACGCUAUAUCAACAAAACAUCAGGUUUAUGCGGAACUUUUAAUCGAAAUUCUGCGGAUGAUUUCUUGACAGCAAAUGGAACAAUCGUAGAAAAUGCAGUAAACUUUGGAAAUUCAUGGAAAACUGAUUCUUGCUGUGACGAUGCAACAGAUGUACCACAUCCAUGUUGGACUUACCCUGACAGAAACGCGACUGCUAUAGCCAACUGUUCAGCUUUGUUAACUCAUCCAUUCAAUGUUUGUACAAGUCAGGUUGAUCCAGUGUCAGGGGGUUAUAUUGAGGAUUGUGAAUAUGAUGUAUGUGGCUGUGGUGAUGAUCCUACAGUUUGUGUAUGUCAAGCAAUAGAGGCGUAUGUCGCUGAUUGUGCUUCGUAUGGUGUGAACAUUGACUGGUUGAGUGAUCAUCGAUAUCAACAAUGCGGUAUGUCACAACGUUAUGUGUAACUUUGAAAAUUGAACUAAAUGAUAUUAUACAAGGGAAUGAUAAGAUUCAUAGUGUUAGUAUAUUGUUCGGACAAGUAACAGUUGCACGUUACAAGUAACAGUUACAGUAUAAAAAAUUGCGCCGUUUGAAAAUGUUCGCUAAACUGGAAAUUCUGCAAAAUUUGUGAAAACUUUUAUGCAAGCAAUAGUAGUUUGGGGUCUGCUAUUAUCUUUACCGCUAAAAUUAUUUUGUAAUGUAAAUUUUCAGCGCAGGAGGGUUUUCAAAAACCACUUUAAAAAUGGCUUGCGCACAAAUAUUGAAGGUUUAAAACGCAAUUUGAAUUCAUAUAGGGUGCAAAUUUUGAAGGUGUUUUGUGAACUAUUGUAAUUUUCAGAGUCCCCUCUAGUUAACAUGAAUUUUACCAAUUUUAAUUCUCUUCUAAUUUAGGUUCUCCAUGUGCCAGUGCUCCAUGCUGCAAUGGUGGGACUUGUUCAAAUAAUGAAUCAUCAUUCUAUUGCUUGUGCUCGCUUGGAUAUACCGGUGCUCGCUGCGAAACGGAGGGUAAAUAUUAUUUUCAAGAACGUACUAGAUGUAUUUUUUCCCUUUCCCAUUUCUGUCCCAGAAAGUAUUUUUUGGAAUUGUGUUUUGUGUCAUCACUAAAGUUCAACGACUUGCUAACUUUAAAAUAUACACGAGAAUUCCGUGAUAAUGCUUGAGAAAUUAGCAAUACUCAACAAUACUCUAGAAAAUAGAUUUGCGCUUGAGUCUCCAGAUAGGUGCGGGUGGUUUAUGCGGUACCACUGAGUAUUUUUACAAAAUACAAUACCAUGCACUGUAUAACUCCGAACAUCGUGCACAUUUUCAAAAUUGUUAUUUCCACGUUUCGACUAUAGUGUUGAUAGUGAAAUAUUAUUAGCUCUUAUGUAUUUCUUUAUUUCUUUAUUUCUUUAUUUAUUUAUUUAUUUAUGUACUAGCUUUGUCACAAAUUACUGUUGAUCCCUACAGGGCUUAUUGCCCCAUUCACAUGGUCCCUUAAACUAAUCAUUUACAUCAAUUACAACACAUUUUAUCUACAAUUAAGGCUCGACAAAGAACGACACGGGUGACAUUUAACACACACAGGUUUAAACGAUUGUGAUACAUUAAUGUCAUAUAUAAGUUCAGUCAUUUCGUGAUAAUAUUUCGACAAGUAUAUGAUUUGAAUUGGCCAAUUGUGACGUCAGCGUCACGGAUAUAAGAUGGCAAGCAAUUAUAUGUUCUAGGAGCUCCAUUAAAAGAGCUAGUUUGAAAAGUUAAAGUGUUUACUCUAGGAACGUUAGUUAAAAUGUUUUUAGUUGAAUUGUGUCUCGUGACACGACCACUAGACUUCACAACAAUGUUUGGAUCAUUUGACAUCAGAGCUUUUCUCAUUCCAUGGUUAAGAAGAGGUUUAAUUAGUGUACGUAUUGCAAUGGAUUGUCUCAAUAGAAGUAGUGACGAGUGGUCAGCUCUUAUCAAUUAUUUCGCCGAAUUAUUAAAAAUAAGCUCAGAUAAUAAACAGUUAUUGGAUGAGGUUUUUGUGAUAUCUACAGCCGAAGACGAGUUUAAUGACACUUAUACCGAGAACGUGAAAUUUCGGGCUAUCACAAAAACCGAAUUCAAUAAAUAACUGUUUUAUUACACAUUGUAUUUUCAGUAUUUAAUAACUCUUUCGACAAACAAUGAUUUGUCAAACAAAAUUAAAAAACGUUUGGUCCUCAAAAAAAAGCGAGUGAAAAUGUUAGAAAUCUCGCUUACCUGCUAAAGUUGCAAUAAAAAUGUCAAAAAAGUCUCAUUUUUGCGCGAAAAACAUUGAAAAAACGCCAUUCGUUCAUGUUGUUUUUUCUUGUUUUAAUUCGUGUAUUUAAAACUUUGAAUGCUGGAGUUGGUGGAUAAUCCAAGUGAGCAUAUAUGUACACUAUUUAAGACCUAAUCAGGAAAGGUUGCGAAAAAUGCAACACUAGGUCCUCUGGUACUGUGGGAUUUGAAUCUACGCCCCGCGAUUCCGGGGCAGCGCUCUAAUAAACUGAGCUACAGAGGCCAGUUGUCAAGCCGCAACCGCAUGUUCAUGUCUAUAUAUGGAGAUAUUUUAUAUAAAAUCUAUGGAAACGUAUCAAAUUGGUGCUCCCGAAUUGCAACACUCACUUCAUUACUCACUUCUUUUUUUCCAAAAUCAAACAGUUAAAGCGACAUGUCAAGCAAGAGGUGAUCCACAUUACUCGACAUUUGAUGGAACACUUUAUGACUUUAUGGGAAGAUGUGAAUAUGUUCUGGCUAAAGACAGUGUAAAUAACAAAUUUGAAAUAAGACAAGUGAAUGAACCUUGUGGAAAUGGAAAAUUUUCUUGCACAAAAUCACUAACAGUGAUUUUCCCAACUGUAACUAUCCAACUACUGCGGGGAAGUGUGGUGGUAGGUGGCGCAGAAGUUGAUUUGCCUAGAUAUUAUGAAGGUAAAUUCUUUUAAACUUUAUAACAGAUGUUUGCUUUAAGAUUUGAUGUAACAAUUAUAAAUUUCAACCUAAGUACAUCUAGCCAAUUCAACAGCAUAUCCUUUAAUUUCUAAGAGCUUUUAUUUUAAAAAGGAAUUUAAUGAUAAUGUGUGUCACUAAUGGUCCUACCCUAGUCACAACAGAAUAAUAUCUUAUCACAGUUGUUUCUCUUAUUUGUGCUAAUCCACAUGAUUACACAAGAAACUAAAUAUAUUCAUAUAUUCUGCUGUUAAAUAGUUGGGAGUUUCGACAUAGAAUAUAUUAACAUAUUCAAAAAAAACUCUCUUUUCCAUGCUGCUGUAAAAUAUUUUUACAUUUGUUCAGUUUCUGCCUGAUAGUUAAUCUUAUUCCUUUUCUGUUUAUAAAGGUGUCGAUAUUACGCGCUCGGGAGUUCGAGUAACAUUAGUAGAUAGCGAUUACGGUGUAAAAGUUGAGUGGAAUAAUGUACAUAAUGUGAGGGUGACAGUGUAUGGACGCUAUAUUGACAAAACAUCCGGUUUAUGUGGCACUUUUAAUCGAAAUCCUGAGGAUGAUUUCUUGACAGCAUAUGGAACAACUGCAGACAACGCAGUAAACUUUGGAAAUUCAUGGAAAACUGAUUCUUGCUGUGACAAUGCAACACAUGUACCACAUCCAUGUGAAACUUACCCUGGCAAAAACGCGACUGCCACAGCCAACUGUUCAGCUUUGUUAUCGCCCCCAUUCAAUGUUUGUGCAAGGCAGGUUGAUCCAGUCCUACAGGGUUAUGUUGAUGAUUGUGAAUAUGAUGUCUGUGGCUGUGGCGAUGAUCCUACAGUUUGUUUAUGUCAAGCAAUAGAGGCCUAUGUCGCUGCUUGUGCUUCGUAUGGUGUGAGCAUUGACUGGUUGAGUGAAGAUCGAUAUCAACAAUGCAGUACGUCACAGCUUUAUGCGUACCUUUGUAAAUUAAAUUAAAUUAAAUUAUAUUUAACAAAUAUAAAACAUUUUCCGUGUUGAUAUACAGUUAUAUCAACACGAUUGGAAAUUGGGGAAACGAGAAAUUGUGUGGAAACAGUGUUUUCACACAAUUUCGAGUUUUCCCAAUUUGCACGAGUGUUGAUAUAACUGUAUAUCAAUACGGAAAAAUGUUUUAUAUUUGUUUUAUAAUAUAGCACAAAGAAACAUAAAGAAAGAAAUUUUCCGACGUCUUCGUGUUGACAUUGAGUUAUAUCAACAUGCUCUUAGCCAAUCAGCAUUCAGAAUUAACGAAUGCUAUAUUAUAAUAUACCAUAUAAAAUAAUGAUAAGAUUCAUAGUUUGAAUAGUUUGGACAUGUAACAGUUACACCCUAAUUAAAACCAUCCACACACAGGAAAGAACCAAUUACAAGGUGUAUAAUAAAAUUGCAUAGUUCGAAAGUGUUCAAUAAACUGCAAAUUCUGCAAAAUUUGUGAAAACUUUAGGCAAGCAAUGGUAGUUUGGGGUGUGCUAUUAUCUUUACCACUAAAAUUAUUUUAAAAAGUAAAGUUUCGAGUACAGGGUUUUCAAAAACCUCUUUUAAAAUGGCUUGCGCACAAAAAUGGAAGACCUUUAAACCUUGUAUAAUUUUUUAAACUUUUUGUAUAAAGAGUAUAUGUAAGAAAUCACUCAUCCAUAAAAUCAGUCAUGCGUGCGAUGAAUUAUGCGUGAAAGGUUACAAUGGGUGAAAGUCUUGUGCCAGUUUCAGCUAAUACUAACAAAACUUUGACUGCUUUGGAGGCCGUGCAUGCAUGCAUAAGACUUAAUAUACACCAAAUUGCCUGGCACUUUUAUAGUUCAUAAAAUGCCUAAAUUUCCAUCCUAUGAAUUAAACUUGCGUUUUAAACAUUCAGGCUAUUUUUUGCGCAAGUCAUUUUUAUAAUUAGUUUUUAAAAACAGCCCACCUGCAUGCACUUGAAAAUUUGCUUUUUAAAAUAAUUUGCCCAAACAUUUCCGAGUCCCCUCUAUAGUUAACAUGAAUUUUAACAAUUUUAAUUCUCAUCUAUUUUAGGUUCUCCAUGUGCGAGUGCUCCAUGCUGCAAUGGUGGGACUUGUUCAAAUAAUGGAUUAUCAUUCCUUUGCUCGUGCCCGCCUGGAUAUACCGGUGACCGCUGCGAAACGGAAGGUAAAUGGUAUUUUCGAACUACAUGUAUUUUUUCCCUUUUCCAUUUCUAUCCCACUCCCAGAAAGGAUUUUUUUGAAUUGCGUUUUGUGUCAUAUCACCAACAGUACAAGGACUUGCUAAUUUUAAAAUAUACACGUAAAUGGUCAAUGCACAGCAAUACUCUAGAAGAUGGCAAUGCCCAGCAAUACUCUAGAAAAUAGAUUUGUUUAUAUCAGGUAUAUUUAAGAAAUAGAAAACAUUUUCCGUGUUUCUAUAGAGUUAUGGAAACACGCGUGGAAGUUUGGGAGAAACGAGAAAUUGCGUGGGAACACGAGCACGAAGUGCGAGUGUUUCCACGCAAUUUCGAGUUUCUCCCAAACUUCCACAAGUGUUUCUAUAAACUCUAUAGGAACACGGAAAAAAUUUUUUCUAUUUCUUCCUUUAUUAAAUAGCCUUUUAAAAACAAUAAAAAUGAUAAAUUUAUCGAUUUUAAUUACAUUCAUUCAAAAAUUAAUUCUAUCUUAAUAUACGUUUAAAAGAAUAAUUAAAGCAUAGUCAAGUAAACAAGUAUAUCGCUGUCAAAACAACAGACAAUAAUUUUUAACAGGCUUAAUUCGCUUAAUACUUUAUUAAUAAAGUAUAUAAUUCAUUCAACAACGUACAUGCUUGCAAAGAAAGCACUGUUUUAAAUAAUUAGUAACGUUUAAACAUGAUUAAAAACGUCGCGAGGAAAUAUUUUUUUAAAAAAGACAAAGUAAAAUUAAAAUAUCUUACCUAGGUAAACAGUCAAACGGAGUACAAAGUAUGCUGUAUUAUACUUUGUUCUUUGUGCUUUAGGUCUUUGCUUUCUAAGUUAGCAAAGCGUUGCCUUUUUUGUGACGAUUCUUCGGCGUUUUUGGACGUUUUACAACUUUUUUUCAAUAUUAAAUAUUGUUUGUAUUUUGUCUUUUCAAUCCACGCAACCCACGUGAAAAUUCGACGUGUUUCUAUCGAGUUAUAGAAACACGUUUUUUUUAGCUUUUAACCAAUCAGCGCCCGUGCUUUUAAAAGGCUAUUUUAUAAAGUGAAGUGUGUUAGCAGUCGAGCCGAAGACGAGUUUAAUUGCACUUAUAUACCGAGGGCGAGCAAUUUCGGGAUAUCACAAAAACCGAGUUCAAUAACUGCAAAACAUUGCAUUUUCACUAUUAAGUAAACCUUUCGACAAACAAUGAUUUGUCACACAAAAUUGAACAGCGUUUGGUUCUCAAAAAUUGCAGUAAAAAUGACAUAAAAUAUCACAAGAGAAUAAAAAUGUUAGAAAUUUCAUUUACUUACUAAAAAUUCAAUAAAAAUGUCAAAAAUGCCUGCUUUCUGCACGAAAAACGUUUAGAAAACGUUUAGUUCAUGUCCUCCCCCCGUUUUAAUUCGUGUAUUUAAAAAUUAAAUGCUGGAUUUGAUGGAUAAUAUUUACACUAUUUAUUAGUAAUAGCAUGUACACUAUUUAUUUUAGGACCUAACCAGGAAAGGAUGCGAAAAAUGCUGCACUAUAUAUAGGUGCAUGCUCUCGUAGGAAUUGAUGAUUCCCCUUAUUACGUUUUCGUAGCGCUUUGCAUUGUGGUUAUAGUGGCAUCACUGAUAAAGAUAACGGCCUCGAAUGAGAAUUUUGAAUGUUUUCGCAAAUAUUUUGCUGUUAGCUAUCGCGCACCUGACCCUAGCUUUAUUUUUAAAGUUCUUGCACGGGUCAGGACAAAAAAUAAGCCAUCUUGAAUAUGCAUGAGUGAUACCACUAUAACCACAAUGCAAAGCGCUACGAAAACGUGAUAAGGGGAAUCGUCAAUUGAAUCUACAGUCCUGUGAUUCAGCUGAGCUACAGAGGUCAGCUGUCAAGCUGUAACCGCAUGUUUAUGUAUAGUUGUAUAUAAAAUCUAUUGAAACGUAUCAAAUGCUGCUCCAGACUUGCAAAAUAGAGCUUGGAAGGAUUGACUUCGAACUAUGUAUUAUUUCAUUACUCACUUCUUUUUUACAAAAUCAAACAGUUAAAGCGACAUGCCAAGCAAGAGGUGAUCCACACUACUCGACAUUUGAUGGAACACGUUAUGACUUUAUGGGAGUAGGUGAAUAUGUUCUGGCUAAGGACAGUGUAAAUAACACAUUUGAAAUAAGACAAGUGAAUGAACCUUGUGGAAGUGGACAAGUUUCCUGCACAAAAUCACUAACGGUGAUUUUCCCAACUGUAACUAUCCAACUACUGCGGGGAAUUGUGAUG